AUGGACCAUGUUUUGGGUUACUGGAAUGCAAGCUUGAAAUGGCCUGAGAGGAUACUGCUCACUACGUCUGAGGGCUUGAAGAAGGAAAGUUCAUUCAAUGUUAAAAGGAUGACUGGAUUUGUGGGUCAUCCCUUCUCUGCAAACGAAGAUCAAGAGGACGAGCAAAAAUUUGGGGUUCUGGCAACACCUGGACCAGAUGUCCUACUCCAUGGGCCUGGUUCAAGGGCUGAAUCUGGGCCAAAUGGUCUAGCCAAUCGCCCUGAGCCGGCCAAUUGGUUCAUGUUUUCGACUUUAAGCCCGGCCCAUACUAACAACAAAAAAUGUAAGCUACGAGUUCCGCGAGUUUCGUGUAACUCCGAUCAGUGGUACUUGAGCUGUGGCAAUACGUUCAAUUGUGGAACCAUCACCGGAGUGGGAUAUCCUUUUCGCGGAAAUGGAGAUCCUGAAUAUUGUGGCUAUCCUGGUUUUGUGCUCAAUUGUGAUCAGGAAAAUGUCACCACUAUUGCUAUUAUGAACAUAAGUUACAGCAUCUUGGAUAUCUAUGAGGAUACACAAGUUAUGAAGAUUGUUCGGGAGGAUCUGAUGCAGACAAGCUGUCCACGUGAUUUAGUAAACACAACCCUCGAUUACUCCCUCUUUGAUUACGCCAAUACUUAUAUGAACCUCACAUUUCUCUAUGGUUGUCCUCCUUCAUCGAAUAUUUCUGGUCGUAGCCUUCUUUCUUGUCGGAACAAUAAUGUCUAUGUAUUCCCUGGAACUCUAGGCCCUGGAAGCUGUAAUACCAGUGUCAUUGUCCCAGUUCUCCAAACGGGUCCAGGAUUAUCCAUAAAUUUAACUAGUUUGAACCACGUUCUUCAGGAAGGAUUUGAAGUUAGAUGGACGGUGGAUAGCAAAGCCUGCAGUGAGUGCACCGGGUCCAAGGGACGGUGUGGAUAUGAUUUUCCUACCAGUCAAACCAUUUGUUUUUGCCUCAACUCGCCUUAUGUGGCUAGUAGCUGCAAAACUGCUGACGGAUCCUCCCCGGGGUCCAUGCCCACACCGCCAGGUAUGUACUCCCUUCUAUUAGAUGAAAAAUUCUGGACCCGAGAACCCAGAAUUUUUCUUGUAGCAAGUGAUAUGACUUCAAAUUUGAUGUUAGCACUGGGUAUCUUUUUCCAGGUCACUUGGUUUGCUCCGUUUUGUUGUUUGAUUUACAUUAUGAAACGAGAGGCCUUGCAGAUAUGAUGCUUUCUAGCUUGGAGGGGGAUAGAGUGGUGAUUAGCUACUUUUGCUAGUUUUACCUAUUGUUUGUAGUGCUUGAAAACUUAAUCGAGUAAUUUUAGGUGUGUUGUUUUAUUCUUUGGUUGCGGUCUGAUUCUGAUAGAUUAACUUAAAGAGUAACAUGGAAGUGUAGGAAAGGGAAGAGGAAAACUAGGGAUGAUAAUGGGCAGGGUUGAAGGAGGUAGCUGAUUUGUUUCACCAUUAUUAGAGUGGGAUGGGAUAGGAAUAGAUAUUAGAAUCCAAACGGAUUUGGGGUGGACUUGAGGUUUUUGUGGUCGGACCUUCUUAAACAACUUUACUCAAAUAGUGGGUCGAUUUGAUACGUAAUAUUAAGUACAUAAAACGACAUUUUCGUGAAUACAAGGUGCAACUGAGUGGACAUAGUCAACUAGUAUUUAUAAAUAAAGCAAACCUUCAUUAAGAAUGACUUACCUACCAAAAAAUAUUAAUGGUAAAAUUGGAUCGGUUGAAUAUUUGUAUUAGAGAAUUUUUAAAUUAGAACCAACCAAAGUACAUUUAAAUAUUCUAAAAUAUUUAAAAAAAAAACAUAAUGGACUUGUUUGAAACUGACUUAAAACCUUAAAUUUUAAUGUUAUAUUUCAGAGAAAAAGAAACAUGAUCCCUUUGGACUUGGGCUUAUUGGCUACAUUUCCAUAAGUUUUUUGGGCAAAAAUAUCUUUUAUGAACACCAAUGA